AUGUUAUCCGAGGUCAACGAAGAUUUUAGGGUGAUGUUUCCACUACAUUCCUUGGUCUGGGAAAAUGAUUACAGGAAUUUGGAAAACGAGUCAACAAAGGUAUGUCAAAAUAUGGACAAUGAGUUAGCUAUAACUACUCACCUGUUUGGCCGCCUUUAGCUAGCUACAGCUAUAUCUGCUUUAAAAUGGCUGAAACCAACGUUAGCUACUUGGCUAACUUCUUGCUAGCUAACGCGUUAGCUACUUGGCCUGACAUGCAGAUCCAUACAAUUUGACUGGCGUAACUCCCAGGCUAUGUAUUCAAUUGUAUCCGUUCACGGAAUGACACGUUGCAUCAAUGAUCGUGAUGAUACACAUUUAUUUUAACAUAACUAACUAGUCAGCCUUCUAGCUAAUAAGUUUGACUUUUUGGUUUCACUUUGCAUGGGCUAUUUCCUGCUGUUCGACACGAUACCAGGGGCGUGUUCAUUAGUCGCAGACCGUUUCCGGAAACCGUUUCAUUUAGGAUCCAAAGAUUAUGGAGAUACUGACAAGAAACAUGUCUCUCCGCCCUAACAAUGGGAGUCGUUGUCCACAAAGUGGCACGGUGGGCUGUCUAGCUCCCUCCUGCCUAUCCUUUCUUUGGAUUGGUGGAUACAUCUUAUUAUUGUAAUCAUUUUUUGAAUAUUCGAUGAGGCUUGUUGACGUCAACCGCCUGUAUUCAAUGGAGAGAGAUGCUACUACCUCAUGCUAUAGAUAUACAUAGCCAUCUCGAGACAACUCCGAUAGUGUUUUUUUCUCAGAUUUGCCGGGAUGUCACGUUUCAAACUUAUAUCGGUACACUCGUAAAAAACGUAAUCAUUACGAAACUUCUAUUCGAUCAAAUAAACACCACAUAGCAAUUAAGCCAUUGUUUUAUUUGUUUAAACCAAAUACGAAACUCUCAUUGCCCUCCAUACAAAAACUCCUUGCUUGGUGAGUGAAACAACAACAAAAAGCCUCCUGCUGGAGCGAGACAGAUUUUCUGCCAAAUUGGGACUCUCUUUUCCUCUUCCUCUCCAGGCCUAAUCAUUACGCCAAACAGUUACAAAGCGUUCCUAUUGGACAGGUUCAGCAAACAGGGCGGGACCUACGUAAAUGUAUCCAAUAGAAACGCUAGUUUUUGUUGCAUGGGGUAAUGAUUACGCCCAGAAUUUGUCCCAAUAGUAGGCAGGGAAACCCGUUUUUGUGAUCUCGGGUCUACACUGAACAAAAAUAUAAAUGCAACAAGCUGAAAUAAAAGAUCCCAGAAAUGUUCCAUAUGCACAAAAAACUUAUUUCUCAAAAAUGUUGUGCACAAAUUUGUUUACAUCCCUCUUAGUGAGCAUUUCUUCUUUGCCAAAAUAAUCCAUCCACCUGACAGCUUUGACAUAUCAAGAAGCUGAUUAAACAGCAUGAUCAUUACACACCUUGUGCUGGGGACAAUAAAAUACCACUCUAAAUUGUGCAGUUCUGUCACACAACACAAUGCCACAUAUGUCUCAAGUUUUGAGGGAGCGUGCAAUUGGCAUGCUGACUGCAGCCAUGUCCACCAGAGCUGUUGCCAGAUAAAUUAAUGUUUUAGAGAAUUUGACAGUACGUCCAACCGGCCUCAGAACCGCAAACUACGUGUAACCACGCAAGCCCAGGACCUCCACAUCCGGCGUCUUCACCUGCGGGAUCGUCUGAGACCAGCCACCCGGACAGCUGAUGAAACUGGGUUUGCACAACCGAAGAAUUUCAUCACAAACUGUCAGAAACCUUCUCAGGGAAGCUCAUCUGUUUUCUAGUCGUCCUCACCAGGGUCGUGACCUGACUGCAGUUCGGCGUCGUGACCGACUUCAGUGGGCAAAUGCUCACCUUCAAUGGCCACUGGCACGCUGGACAAGUGUGCUCUUCACGGAUGAAUCCCAAUUCAAAAGUCAGUUAAGAACAAAUUCUUAUUUACAAUGACGGCCUACCAAAAGGCAGAAAGGCUGGGAUUUAAAAAAUUAAUAUAAAUGUAGGACCAAACACAUCACAACAGGCUCUGUCGUAGCCGGCCGCGACCGGGAGACCCAUGGGGCGGUGCACAAUUGGCCCAGCGUCGUCCAGGGUAGGGGUGGGAAUGGCCGGCAGGGAUGUAGCUCAGUUGGUAGAGCAUGGCGUUUGCAACGCCAGGGUUGUGGGUUCGAUUCCCACGGGGGGCCAGUAUGAAAAAUAAAAAAAUUAUGUAUGCACUCACUAACUGUAAGUCGCCCUGGAUAAGAGCGUCUGCUAAAUGACUCAAAUGUAAAAAAAAAAAAAAAAACGAGACAACACUACAUAAAGAGAGAACUAAGACAACAUAGCAUGGCAGCAACACACGACAACACAGCAAGGUAGCAACCCAACAUGAAAACAACAUGGUGGCAGCAUUACAACAUGGUAGCAGCACAAGACAUGGUACAAACAUUAUUGGGCACAGACAACAGCACAGAGGGCAAGAAGGUAGAGACAACAAUGCAUCACGUAAAGCAGCUACAAUGCACGGCCCCAUGUCGCAAGGACCUGUACACAAUUCCUGGAAGCCGAACAUGUCCCAGUUCUUCCAUGACCUGCAUACUCACCAGACAUGUAACCCAUUAAGCAUAUUUGGGAUGCUCUGGAUUGACGUGUACGACAGCGUGUUCCACUUCCCACCAAUAUCCAGAAACUUCACACAUUCAUUGAAGAGGAGCGGGACAACAUUCCACAGGCCACAAUCAACAUCCUGAUCAACUCUAUGUGAAGGAGAUGUGUCACGUUGCAUGAGACAAAUCGUGGUCACACCGGAUACUGACUGGUUUUCUGAUCCACGUCCCUACCUUUUGGAAAAAAAGGUAUCAGUGACCAACAGAUGCAUAUAUGUAUUCCCAGUCGUGAAAUCCAUAUAUUAAUUUAUUUCAAUUGACUGAUUUUUGUUCACUUGUUCAUCAAAAUAAAUAAAUCGCAGCACGUUUUUGGACUCAUUCAGCAGUUUUUACCUGAUUUAAGUACAAUACCAUUAGAAAUUAAUGUUGAAAGUUCAAUUUAUAUUCCUAAAACUUAAGUUAAAAAUGAUGCUGUCGCUGCUUCCUGUUGACAAAACAUUUUGAUAAAUAGCCCAAUGUCAAAACUGUUUUAAAGUGUCCAAAUCAAUGACCAAUAUGCAGAAACAGAUCGUUAUAUAUUGAAAACAUAAAAUGUACUCUCUACACAUACUGAGCCUUUAGAAAGUAUUCAUAUCCCUUCACUUAUUCCACAUUUUGUUGUUACAACCUGAAUUCAAAAUGGAUUAAAUCGAUUUUAUUUUCUCACCCAUCUACUACACACAAUACCCCAUAAUGUCAAAGUGAAAACAUGUUUUUAGAAAUUUUUGCAAAUAUAUUGAAAAUGAAAUACAGAAAUAUCUCAUUUUCAUAAGUAUUCACAUCCGGAGUCAAUACAUGUUAAAAUCACAUUUGGCAGAGAUUACAGCUGUGAGUCUUUCUGGGUAAGUCUCCAAAAGCUUUGCACACCUGGAUUGUACAAUAUUUGCCCAUUAUUCUUAAAAAAAAUAUUCCAGCUCUGUCAAAUUGGUUGUUGAUCAUUGCAAGACAAUCAUUUUGAAGUCUUGCCAUAGAUUUUCAGGCAGAUUUAAGUCAAAACUGUAACUCGGCCACUCAGGAACAUUCACUGUCUUCUUGGUAAGCAACUCCAGUGUAGAUUUGGCCUUGUGUGUUAGGUUAUUGUCCUGCUGAAAGGUGAAUUCAUCUCCCAGUGUCUGGUGGAAAGCAGACUGAAACCAUUUUAUCCUGGAAAAACUCCCCAGUCCUUAACUAUUACAAGCAUACCCAUGCAGCCAUCACUAUGCUUGAAAAUAUGGAGAGUGGUACAAAGUAAUGUGUUGUAUUGGAUUUGCCCCAGACAUAACAUUUUGUAUUCUGGACAAAAAGUUAAUUACUUUGCCACCUAUUUUUUGCAGUAUUACCUUGCCUUGCUCCAAACAGGACAAAUGUUUUGGAAUAUUCUGUACAGGCUUCCUUAUUUUCACUCUGUCAAUUAGGUUAGUAUUGUGGAGUAACUACAAUGUUGUUGAUCCAUCCUCCGUUUUCUCCUAUCACAGCCAUUAAACUAUGUAACUGUUUUAAAGUCACCAUUGGCCUUAUGGUGAAAUCCCUGAGCAGUUCCUUCCUCCCCGGCAACUAAGUUAGGAAGGACCCCUGUAUCUUUUUUAGUAGCUGGGUGUAUUGAUCCACCAUCCAAAGUGUAUUUAAUAACUUCACCAUGCUCAAAGGGAUAUUCAGUGUCUGCUUUUUUUUUACCCAUCUACCAAUAGGUGCCCUUCUUUGCGAGGCAUUGGAAAAGCUCCCUAGUCUUUGUGGUUGAAUCUGUGUUUGAAAUUCACUGCUCGACUGAGGGACCUUACAGAUAAUUGUAUGUGUGGGAUACAGAGUUGAGGUAGUCAUUCAAAAAUCAUGUUAAACACUAUUAUUGCACACAGAGUGAGUCCAUGCAACUUAUUAUGUGACUUGUUAAGCACAUUUUUACUCCUGAACUUAUUUAGGCUUGCCAUAACAAAGGGGUUGAAUACUUAUUGACUCAAGACAUUUCAGCUUUUUAUUUUUAAUUAAUUUGUAAAAAUGUCAAAUAAUAUAAUUCCACUUUGUGUGUGUGUGUAGGCCAGAGACCAAAAAAUCAAUUUAACCCAUUUUAAAUUCGGGCUGUAACAACAAAAUGUGGAAAAAGUCAAGGGGUGUGAAUACUUUCUGAAGGCACUGUACAUUUGGAACAAUAGUAAUCAUGCGCUGUUCAAAAAUACCACAACUAAAAAAUUAAAUGGAAACUGGAGAUAUUUUUUACAUCACUGGUUAGAGGACAACCUGCAGAACACAAUGAGCUACAUUUUGGAAUGUUGCAUUUUGAUAUGGGGGUCACCAAAACAGAAAGAGAAAUGCAACACAGUUUUUUCAAUCACUUAUAUCGAUUAUCACGUUGAAAUCAAUUGCGUGAGAGGGGGACAUGAGGUUGCAUGUCCUGUUAACUAACACGGCUCACAAACCACACGUAAUCUGGGAAUAAUGUGUACAUCACUGGUUAGAGGACAAUUUGUAGAAGACUGCUAGCUACAUUUUGAAUUGUUGCAUUUUGAUUUCAAGUGGGUCGCCAAUGCGGUAAGUGUAAUGCAACAAUUUUUUUGUUAAUCACUUCCAUCUAUCACGUUGAAAGCACUAGAACAGGGGGCAAACGUUUGGGGUGUGGUGCUGUUUAAACUAACACUAUUCAAAGGCCACACAGAAACUUGGAAUAACCUGUACAUGGUUGGUUAGAUGAGAAUUUCUAGAAGCCUUAUAUCUAUAUUUUUGAAUAUCGGAUGUUGAUUUCGGGAGGCUGCCAUCACGGAAAAGGGAACAAACGUACAGUUAUGAAUAGAACAACUGUUCCCUGAAGGAGGGAACGAGGUAUAUCAUACUAAGGGGAGUCAAUGACCAAUCAUAUUCACCUGAAAACACGCCAAUAUGGCCAAUGGAUGCAGAGCCCGCCCUCGAUAGCCCUGCCUUCCUGGCUAUAAUACCGGACCUCUAAUUAAUUUCCUCAAUUCAGUACCACUCUUCAGUUAGCCCAACCCACUGACGCCGCGUGGCCAAAAUAUGUUAUACCUCGUUCCCUCAUUCAGGGAACAGUAGUUAUAUUCAUAACUGUACGUUCCCAUUCAGUCGGUCACUCUGUAUAACAUAAUAUGUGGACAUACAAUCACGCCCCACAUACAAUCACGCCCCAAACUGGCUCAGAGGGUACCAAAAUAGGAGUCCCACAGCAGCCUAAGCACACACAGGUUCCACCGGCUCCAAAAAGGGGUUACAGAAGCCACUUUUCCCCCAAUAAUACUUACCCGAGAAGCCUGAACUGUCAGAGCCCCAUAUAGAACCUGCUGCAACCUGGCUGUGCACACUGACACGCUGCCACUGCAGCCCAAGUCCAUAGACCCCACGGUUCCAAGAACAAUACUUACCUUGCGAGCCUGAAAUGUCAGAACUCGUACAAGGAGCCGCAAGACCAAAAUAACAGAACACCUGUUGUGACUUGGUAAAGGGCACGCGCGCUGCAUAGCGUCGAUGAACCAUGGCAGCCCGAGGUUAAAACCCACAUGAAACCUGCACUAACCUUGAAACUGUGUACUCGUGCGCUGCCACAGCCGCCCAAGGCUCAAACCCUCAGGAAACUGUGGUAACCCUGAUAAUGCACACUUUAUGCGCUGCCGCAGCCCAAGGCUCAAACCCACGCUCUAGACCAGGGUUCUUCAAUUCUGGUCCUGGAGGGCCGAAACAGUUCUGUUUUUUAUUUCUACCUGGUAGUUAAUUGCAAUCUGAAUUAGCCCCUGAUUAGAAGGAGAGGAUGAAAAACAGAGGUGUUUCGGCCCUCCAGGACCGGAAUUGAAGAACCCUGCUCUAGACUAAAGCCUCCUGAACGUUUCACGUCCCUACCAAUAGAAACCCUCGAUUUUGUUGCAAAACGUUUUCCAUUUGGAGUAGGGAUGGGCAUUUGAAAUGAUUUCAGUAUUCUAAUAAUAUCAUGACAUUUUUUCGUAUAUCCGGAUAGUCGAAAACAUGGGUACACUUCAAUGGAGACUUACUCACACAACUCGAGAGAUGGAGUCGGUGCGCUGGUGGGGGAGGGGCGAGAGAGGAGCCGGGGCCAGUGUGUGUGACAGUACAGUGGGGGAAAAAAGUAUUUAGUCAGCCACCAAUUGUGCAAGUUCUCCCACUUAAAAAGAUGAGAGAGGCCUGUAAUUUUCAUCAUAGGUACAUGUCAACUAUGACAGACAAAAUGAGAAAAAAAAUCCAGAAAAUCACAUUGUAGGAUUUUUAAUGAAUUUAUUUGCAAAUUAUGGUGGAAAAUAAGUAUUUGGUCAAUAACAAAAGUUUCUCAAUACUUUGUUAUAUACCCUUUGUUGGCAAUGACACAGGUCAAACGUUUUCUGUAAGUCUUCACAAGGUUUUCACACACUGUUGCUGGUAUUUUGGCCCAUUCCUCCAUGCAGAUCUCCUCUAGAGCAGUGAUGUUUUGGGGCUGUCGCUGGGCAACACGGACAUUCAACUCCCUCCAAAGAUUUUCUAUGGGGUUGAGAUCUGGAGACUGGCUAGGCCACUCCAGGACCUUGAAAUGCUUCUUACGAAGCCACUCCUUCGUUGCCCGGGCGGUGUGUUUGGGAUCAUUGUCAUGCUGAAAGACCCAGCCACGUUUCAUCUUCAAUGCCCUUGCUGAUGGAAGGAGGUUUUCACUCAAAAUCUCACGAUACAUGGCCCCAUUCAUUCUUUCCUUUACACGGAUCAGUCGUCCUGGUCCCUUUGCAGAAAAACAGCCCCAAAGCAUGAUGUUUCCACCCCCAUGCUUCACAGUAGGUAUGGUGUUCUUUGGAUGCAACUCAGCAUUCUUUGUCCUCCAAACACGACGAGUUGAGUUUUUACCAAAAAGUUAUAUUUUGGUUUCAUCUGACCAUAUGACAUUCUCCCAAUCCUCUUCUGGAUCAUCCAAAUGCACUCUAGCAAACUUCAGACGGGCCUGGACAUGUACUGGCUUAAGCAGGGGGACACGUCUGGCACUGCAGGAUUUGAGUACCUGGCGGCGUAGUGUGUUACUGAUGGUAGGCUUUGUUACUUUGGUCCCAGCUCUCUGCAGGUCAUUCACUAGGUCCCCCCAUGUGGUUCUGGGAUUUUUGCUCACCGUUCUUGUGAUCAUUUUGACCCCAUGGGGUGAGAUCUUGCGUGGAGCCCCAGAUCGAGGGAGAUUAUCAGUGGUCUUGUAUGUCUUCCAUUUCCUAAUAAUUGCUCCCACAGUUGAUUUCUUCAAACCAAGCUGCUUACCUAUUGCAGAUUCAGUCAUCCCAGCCUGGUGCAGGUCUACAAUUUUGUUUCUGGUUGUCCUUUGACAGCUCUUUGGUCUUGGCCAUAGUGGAGUUUGGAGUGUGACUGUUUGAGGUUGUGGACAGGUGUUUUUUAUACUGAUAACAAGUUCAAACAGGUGCCAUUAAUACAGGUAACGAGUGGAGGACAGAGGAGCCUCUUAAAGAAGAAGUUACAGGUCUGUGAGAGCCAGAAAUCUUGCUUGUUUGUAGGUGACCAAAUACUUAUCUUCCACCAUCAUUUGCAAAUAAAUUCAUAAAAAAUCCUACAAUGUGAUUUUCUGGAUUUUUUUUUCUCAAUAUGUCUGUCAUAGUUGACGUGUACCUAUGAUGAAAAUUACAGGCCUCUCUCAUCUUUUUAAGUGGGAGAACUUGCACAAUUGGUGGCUGACUAAAUACAUUUUUUCCCCCACUGUAUGUGUGUGGCACAGAGGGAGAGAGUGAGAGAAAGUAGCCAAACUGACUCGCUACUUAACUUAUGGCAGCAACAAGUUUGUUUAUCUAUCAUACCAUCGGUUAGUUCCUGUCUUGACUGCAUCAAAUCAUUGUAAAGAAGCUAGUUAGCUACAGUAGCCAGCUAAGUUAGCCAGCUAGCUAGCUAAAGUAGUAAAGCUAAUUGAGGCUAUUUUGCUGCGCUCCCCAGUCCUUGUCUACAACAACUCCAUCAGUGGAGGCUGGUGGGAAGAGCUAUAGGAGGAGAGUAAUGGAACGGUAUCAAACCACAUCAAACAUAUGGAAACCACAUGUUUGACUCCGUUCCAUUAAUUCCAUUCCAGCUAUUACAAUGAGCCAUCCUCCUAUAGCUCCUCCCACCAGCCUCCACUGAACUCCAUUCAUAUGAAACAACAGCCUACCUGUUGGUUGAUCAUUGUAGCCUACUCCUCAUUACUCCGCCAACUUAAUUCCUUAAUUUUUAUUCCAUUUUGCAUUGAUUAGAAAUCUCUAACUACACAGAGAGCCUCUGACUGUAGCGCCGCUUUGAUUGACCGACAUAGAUGCACUCAUAAAAACUGUCAUAAAACUGUUUUAUUAAAUUGUUGAAUGUAAUGGUCUAUCCUUGUAAGCUAUGUAGCAAUGUCACAUAGAUAAUUACAUUUUAGACAAAGACUUUUCAUUAAAAAAAAGUAUAGGCCUAUUCCUUUUCUCAAAAUGAGUACUCUCCCAAGUAAUCGAAUACAAAUGUCCAUUCAGAUAUUCGAAUAACCAUGUCCAUCCCUAGUUUAGAGUAAACAAUUUCUGUUGCAAAACGUUUUGCAACCGACUAAUGAAUACACCCCAGGUACCCACUGAUUCUUGAAGAAUAGAAACGCCUCAAGCUUAUAACUGUCUUUCCCUAUCAUAACCCAAAUAUAUGGUGUUUUUACUCCAUUGGAAUUGUUUGAGUCUUUAACAGGCAAUGUAGCUUCCAGCAUAGAAUUAGGAAUGAGAAAACUAGCUAAUAAUUUAAUAGGAUCUCUAUGCUUCCAGUGUGUAUGACAUCGAUCUGAUGUGCAAUUCUCUUUAGGUAGCUUUUGAAGGCAUUGCAAUGUUUGUUUGUUUCUUUCAGAAUGACAUCGAGGCUGUGGAUCCCAGGGGAAGAACACCGCUCCACCUGGCUGUGUCACUGGGACACCUGGAGUCAGUGAGAGUGCUUCUGAGACAUGGUGCUGAAGUUACCAAAGAGAACACCAAGAAUUGGACAGGUUGGGCAGGCUAUUCUACAUCACACACUACAGUUGUCCAAGUGUAAAUGUUUAUUAUUAAUAUGAUGAAUUCCACAUGCUAUUUACAGUACCUUUUAGAAAGUAUUCACACCCCUUUACUUUUUAGACAUUUUGUUAUGUUACAGCCUGAAUUUAAGAUUUUUAUAAAUGUUUACAAAUUAGUUCAAAAUUAAAAGCUGAAAUGUCUUGAGUCAAUAAGUAUUCAACCCCUUUGUUAUGGCAAGCCUAAAUUAGUUCAGGAGUAAACAUGUGCUUAACAAGUCAAAUAAUAAGAUGCAUGGACUUACUCUGUGUGCAAUAAUAGUGUUUAACAUGAUUUUUGAAUGACUACCUCAACUCUGUACUCCACACAUACAAUUAUCUGUAAGGUCCCUCAGUCGAGCAGUGAAUUUCAAACACAGAUUCAACCACAAAGACCAGGGAGGUUUUCCAAUGCCUCGCAAAGAAGGGCACCUAUUGGUAGAUGGGUAAAAAAAAAGCAGACAUUGAAUAUCCCUUUGAGCAUGGUGAAGUUAUUAAUUACACUUUGGAUGGUGUAUCAAUACACACAGUCACUACAAAGAUACAGGGGUGCUUCCUAACUCAGCUGCCAGAGAGGAAUGAAACCGCUCUGGGAUUUCACCAUGAGGCCAAUGGUGACUUUAAAACAGUUACAGAGUUUAAUGGCUAUGAUUGGAGAAAACCAAGGAUGGAUCAACAACAUUGUAGUUACUCCAUAAUACUAACCUAAAUGACAGAGUGAAAAGAAGGAAGCCUGUAGAGAAUAAAAAUAUGACAAAACAUGCAUCCUGCUUGCAACAAGGCACUAAAGUAAAACUGCAAAAAAUGUGGCAAAGAAAUUAGAUUUAUGUCCUGAAUACAAAGCGUUAUGUUUGGGAGAAAUCCAACACAACAUUGAAUGUUCCUGCGUGGCCUAGUUACAGUUUUGACUUAAAUCGGCUUGAAAAUCAAUGUCAAGACUUGAAAAUGGCUGUCUAGCAAUGAUCAACAACCAACUUAACAGAGCUUGAAUAAUUAUUUUAAGAAUAAUGUGCAAAUAUUGUACAAUCCAGGUGUAUUUGUAUUUAUUAUGCCAAGGCAGCAGCUACUGUUCCUGGGGUCCAGCAAAAUUAAAAACAUUACAUUACAUUUCACAACAUAUUAAGUGUGUGCCCUCAGGCCACUACUCUACAACACAAAAUCCAUGUGUACAUCUGUGUAUAGUGCGUAUGCUAUCGCGCGUGUGUGUGUCUCUUCACAAUCCCCGCUGUUCCAUAAGGUGUAUUUUUUAUCUGUUUUUUAAGUCUGAUUUUACUGCUUGCAUGAGUUACUUGGUGUGGAAUAGAUGUCCAUGUAGUCAUUGCUCUAUGUAGUACUGUGUGCCUCCCAUAGUCUGUUCUGGACUUGGGGAUUGUGAAGAGACCUCUGGUGGCAUGUCUUGUGGGGUAUGCAUGGGUGUCUGAGCUGUGGGCUAGUAGUUUAAACAGACAGCUCGGUACUUUCAACAUGUCAAUACCUCUCACAAAGACAAGUACUGUAGUGAUGCAGUCAAGCUCUCCUCUACUUUGAGCCAGGAGAGAUUGACAUGCAUAUUAUUAAUGUUAGCUCUCCGUGUACAUUUAAGGGUCAGCCAUGCUGCCCUGUUCUGGGCCAAUUGUAAUUUUCUUAAGUCCCUCUUUGUAGCACCUGACCACAUGACUGGAAAGUAGUCCAGGUGCGACAAACUAGGGCCUGUAGGACCUGCUUUGUUGAUAGUGUUGUUAAGAAGGCAGAGCAGCGCUUAAUUAUGGACAUACUUCUCCCCAUUUUAGCUACUGUUGCAUCAAUAUGUUUUGACCAUGACAGUUUACAAUCCAGGGUUACUCCAAGCAGUUUAGUCUCCUCAACUUGCUCAAUUUCCACAUUAUUAAUUACAGGAUUUAGUUGAGCUUUAGGGUUUGUGAAUGAUUUGUCCCAAAUACAAUGCUUUUAGUUUUUGAAAUAUUUAGAACAAACGUAUUUCUUGCCACCCAUUCUGAAACUGACUGCAGCUCUUUUUGUUAUGUGUUGCAGUGAUUUCACUUGCUGUGGUAGCUAACAUGUAUAGUGUUGAGUCAUCAGCAUACAUAGACACACAGGCAGUUACUUAGAGCCAGUGGCAGGUCAUUAGUAAAGAUUGAAAAAAGUAAGGGGCCUAGACAGCUUCCCUAGGGAAUGCCUGACUCUACCUGGGUUAUGUUAGAGAAGCUUUCCAUUAAAGAACACCCUCUGUGUUCUGUUAGACAGGUAACUCUCAAUCUGUAGCUCAGCUGGUAGAGCACGGCGCUUGUAACGCCAAGGUAGUGGGUUCGAUCCCCGGGACCACCCAUACACAAAAAAAUAAAUAAAUGUAUGCACGCAUGACUGUAAGUCGCUUUGGAUAAAAGCGUCUGCUAAAUGGCAUAUUAUUAUUAUUAUUAUUAUUAUUACAAUAUAGCAGGGGAUGUAAAGCCAUAACACCUACGUUUUUCCAGCAGCAGAUUAUGAUCGAUAAUGUCAAAAGCUGCACUGAAGUCUAACAAAACAGCUCCCACAAUAUUUAUAUGAUCAAUUUCUCUCACCCAAUCAUCAGUCAUUUGUGUAAGUGCCGUACAUGUUGAAUGCCCUUCACUAUAAGCGUGCUGAAAAUCUGUUGUUAAUUUGUUUACUGUGAAAUAGCAUUGUAUCUGGUCAAACACCAAUUUUCCAAAAGUUUACUAAGGGUUGGUAACAGUCUGAUUAGUCGGCUGCUUGAGCCUGUAAAGGCUGGUUUGCUAUUCUUGGGUAGCGGAAUGACCUUUGCUUCCCUCCAGGCCUGAGGGCACACACUUUCCUGUAGGCUUAGAUUGAAGAGAUAGCCAAUAGGAGUGGCAAUAUCGUCCGCUAUCAUCCUCAGUAAUUUUCCAUCUAAGUUGUCAGGCCCAGGUGGCUUGUCAUUGUUGAUAGACAACAAUAAUUAUUUCACCCCUUCCACACUCACUUUACAGAAUUCAAAAUUACAAUGCUUGUCUUUCAUAAUUUGGUCAGUUAUGCAUGGAUGUGUAGGUUCAGAAUUUGUUGUUGGCAUGUAAUGCCUAAAUUUGCUAAUCUUGCCAAUGAAAAAAUCCUUAAAGUAGUUGGCAAUAUCAGUGGGUUUUGUUAUGAAUGAGCCAUCUGAUUCAAUGAAUGAUGGAGCCGAGUUCGCCUUUUGGCCCAAAAUUUCAUUUAAGGUGCUCCAAAGCUUUUUACUAUCGUUCUUUAUAUAAUUUAUCUUUGUUUCAUAGUACAGUUUAUUCUUCUUUUUGUUCAGUGUAGUCACAUGGUUUCUCAAUUUACAGUACGUUCGCCAAUCUGCUGUGCAGCCAGACUUAUUUCCCAUUCCUUUUGCCUCAUCCCUCUCAACCAUAACAUUUUUCAAUUCCUCAUCAAUCCACCAGGAUUUAACAAUUUUUACAGUCAUUUUGUUAAUGGGUGCAUGCUUAUUAGUAACUGGAAUAAGCAAUUUCAUAAAUGUGUCAAGUACAGCAUCUGGUUGUUCCUCAUUACACACCACAGACCAGCAAAUGUUCUUGAGUGGGCAGCUUGAUGAAAGCCAGUCAAUAUUUAGGUCACCCAGAAAUGGAUUAAACAGAUUUAUUUUCUCACCCAUCUACACACAAAACUCUUAGAGACUUACCCAGAAAGACACAGCUGUAAUCACUGCCAAAGUUGAUUGUAACAUGUAUUGACUCAGGGGUGUGAAUACUUAUGUAAAUUGAUAUUUCUGUAUUUCAUUUUCAAUAAAUUUGCCAACAUUUCGAAAAACAUGUUUUCACAUUGUCAUUAUGGGAUAUUGUGUGUAGAUGGGUGAGAUGUAUUUAUUUAAUACAUUUUGAAUUCAGGCUGUAACACAACAAAAUGUGGAAUAAGUCAAGGGGUUUGAAUACUUUCUGAAGGCACUGUAUAUGGCUAUGCCUUCAUCUGACACGCCUUGGUGUAGGUCUAUUUGUUAGUUGUUAAAUUGUGUGAUCAAAAUCACUUCCACAUAUGCACAGUGGGCGUUUCAGUAACAAUUUCACACAACAUGUAUGCCUGAAUCGGUAGGUGCCUCUAUUCCAGUUGAAGUGAGACAGUAUUUCUUUCCAGUGCAUCACACAAUACCUCUUGUUACUACACACACAGCUUACUAGUUGAUGCUGGCCAAAACAAUUAUUUAUUUUGUAUACAUUUGUUAUCACAGAAGUGUGUUAUAUGUUUAAAAUAACUUCUCAUCAUAAACAUGUUUGUGUGUAGUGCUGCAGGAGGCGGUCAGCACCGGCGACCCAGAGAUGGUUCAGCUAGUGCUCCAGCGGAGAGACUACCUCAAAGCCUCUACAGCCCUGGGAGGAGUGCCUGAGCUUCUGAGCAAGAUCCGUGAGGUGUUCUUACUCUCUCUGUUUGCUCCCCUCUCUGAAAUGUUUUUCACUCAUCACAUUUAAGUAACUCAUGCCUCUUUCCAAUCCCCCCCAGUCCCCGGAUUUCUACAUGGAAAUGAAAUGGGAGUUCACAAGUUGGAGUAAGUUCUAGUUGAUAACCCCGCCAUUAGAUUGUGCUAUGUGUGGAUGUUUGAGACGUUGUUGUUUACAUUGCUUUCCCAUCUGUUCCCAGUCCCCCUCGUGUCCCGGGUUUGUCCCAGUGAUGUGUGUCGGAUCUGGAAGAGCGGAGCCAGCCUGCGUGUGGACGCCACUCUGCUGGGCUUCGAGAACAUGACUUGGAUCAGAGGUCGUCGGAGCUACAUCUUCAGAGGAGAUGGUAAGUCCCUUUUUCCCUGAGUAAGGCUUGCACACAACGGCGUCCUACUGACCACUGUUUCAGCAGGCCGUCUCAUCUUUUACCUCGUCUUUUACCGUAUUUUCCGCACUAUAAGGCGCACCGGAUUAUAAGGCGCACAUUCAAUGAAUGGCCUAUUUUAGAACUGUUUUCAUAGAUAGGGCGCACCGGAUUAUAAGGCGCAUAGAAUAGAAGAUACUGCAGUCAAACGUUUGACUGGGGUUGCGUUAUGCAUCCACUAGAUGGAGCUGUGCUAAAGGGAAUGUCAACAAAACAGUCAGAUAAAGUCAAACUUUAUUAAGCGUUCUGACAACAAUUUUGGGGUCUUUAUACACACACAAGUGGUGUGGGACUGUGAGUAAGCACAGUACCGGUGUUUACUGACUACGGUAGCCGUAAUGCUGCAAGCGGUGCGGCUUUGUAGUUUACCAGUCGUACUGAAACAUUUCAUUAUUAUUAAAUUGUUUUUAUUGGUUUUUCAUACUGAAACAUUUUGACAGAGCGCCUUGAGCGCCGUGUACAACCAGUAUGGAUCAACCAAUUAACCAAUUGAUCCAUAUAUAAGGCGCUCCGGAUUAUAAGGCGCACUGUCGUUUUUUGAGAAAAUUAAAGGCUUUUAAGUGCGCCUUAUAGUGAGAAAAUACGGUACUCUGUUAGCGUAUGUUUCACAGUGUGUGCUUGUGCCCAUUGGCAGAUACCUGCACUGAGUUGUUGGAGGUGAACCAUGACGAAGAGGUGGUGGACACGGAACGCUUUGACAUCUCCCGGGAGAUAGAGGAUGUAACAUUGGACUCCAUGCAACCUGCCGAACAGGAAGUGGCCAAGCGGCUAACCACGCCCAUCGUCAACACUUUUCUCGAUACCAGGCACAUUGCUUUUGAGAGGCAAGAUUUUUUUUUUUUUUUUUUGUCAUAUGUCUUUGUUGAAGGACAAGUAAAUUGUACAGGGUUUUAUAGUAACAGGACUCUAAAUUGUUUUCCACAGAAAUAAGUCUGGGAUUUGGGGUUGGAGGAGUGACAAAACAGAAGUUGUCAAUGGUUUCGAGGCUAAGGUUUGUGCAUUUAUUAUAGCAUUCUUGCGCUGUUAAUAUUAAAUUAUUUUGUUGCUUGUCAAGGUUUGCUGACCUUACACAAGUCCCUUUCUUUAAAGCUGCAAUCAGCAGUAGAAACAAUAACAAAGCAUCCUCCUCACCCCUGUUUUGGUAAAAGGCUGAGGGAUGAUGCUGGAGAGAUGUAACCGAUCUCAAAUUCAUAGACAGAGCUAUAAAUGUGUUGGACCGACCAUCCAUAAUAUCAAAAUUAUAGUUUUAAUCAUGUUCUGGGGCUAUAUAGUGUUUGUUUACAUUUAAACAAGCUUAUAUUUUGGGUUCUGAUGGGGUAUGACAGUUGAACUAAGCUCAUGAGGCAUUUUUAAGUUAUAUUCUUCAAGAAUCAAUGGGUACAUAUAAUUCAUUUACAAAUCCAAAAAUUGAUGUAGCAACUGCUUAUUGCCCCUUUAAUUUGACAAUAUCUACAGUAGAUUGCCAGCUUUUUUUAAAUGUUCAGUAGUGUUUUUUCCUUUUAGUAGCAGUAAAGGGAAGAAUAGUAUGCUGUAUACUGCAUGAGUUGUUUUUCUUUUCAUUGCAGGUUUUCACUGUGAACAAUGUAAACGUGGUGAUCCGGACGAGGACAGAGCAUCUCACCGAUGAGGAGAAAACUAGAAUAAAAAGUAUGCACUCUAUAAUUCCUCUAGGUGGAGGUAGAGAGACAGAACAACAAUUAGUCUGCGUCUGAAAUGGCACUCUUUCGCUAUGUAGUGCGCUACUUCUGGUCUACGAGAGAUGGUCCUCAUCUCAAUGUUUAAUAAGCAGCAACUUUAGUCAAAGUGUUACACUAGGAGACACUUGCACAGCUAUAAUAACCCAGAGAGAGUACACUGAACCAAAAUGGCCUGGCUCGGUUUAGGAGGGGACUUGUUGGAGAACAGCCCUGUGUCUGACAUCAAUAACGCAUCGUCUAUAUUGUCUCUUUUUUUGUCUUCUAGGUGAGAGGAAUGUUCUGGAGUCUCUUCUUGGGACUGUGGAGCAGCAGAUAAGCGCUCAAGGGGUAAGAGAUCAGUAGACCAGGAUUUGAGGUUAUGGAGGAUUAUCUCAUCUAAUUGUUUUAUUACUUAGCUACAUAAACAGAAUCGUACUUGCCUUUUUGACUUGUAACAGAUUCAGUAAGAAUGCUUCGUCUUGGUUCAUAUUGGCUUCAAUAAGAACACUCAACUUGGUUUGUAAUGGGUUCAUUAAGAAUGCGCGACUCUGUUCAUAUUGUGGAUAGGACCUCACUCUGGAGUAUGCAACAGCCACCAACCCCACCGCCAUCACACCAGAGGAGUACUUUGACCCUGAGUUUGACCUUGAAGACAGAGACAUUGGCCGGCCCAUUGAACUCAGCAUCCGAACCCAGAAGUAAGAAAAUGAUGCUGCAAAGCCUCCGAGAGAGCAAGGCUUUCUCAUCAAUAUUCAUGUCAUCAGAAGUCUUGAUUUUUUUUAUAAUGGUUUCCCUCAGUUCAUAUAAAGGUGUUGGUGUCUAGGUUUUAGCGUAAGGGUGGUUGGAUUGAGAUGGGACUACAUUGCAGUUCAGUUGGACUGCGCGUAAUCUACAAAUCACCCUGCAUUCCAAAUAACUACUCAAGAUGUGAUUAAGAUUAGUGAUUCUUCGCCUCCCGUUGCUCAAACUGAUCCCUCAAACAGGAUGACCUGUUUAUUCUGGGUCGUAUUCAUUAGGCACCAAACUGAAGAAAACAUACUGAAACAGGGAGAGACUACCUGAACUUGUCCAAUAAGAAACGCAUGUUUUUGUUUCCUUUGCAAAAUGUUUUGCUCUGGUGUCCACUAAUGAAUAUGGCCCUGAUGUGUCCAGGUUCAAGGGCACAUUGUGGAUGAGCGAGGAACACCCUCUCUCCCUGGUGGAGCAGGUCACCCCUAUCAUCGAUCUCAUGGCCCGGACCAGCACCCACUUCGCCCGGCUACAGGAUUUUGUCACCCUCAAGUUCCCUCCAGGGUUCCCUGUAAAAAUAGGUACAGUUACACCUCCGUGGAAAAGAGUGACAAAAUGAGAAUGUUUACACAAAAUGCUUGUGCCGCUCAGCUCAUUCAUCUCAGAGGAGCGCUGAUCUAGGAUCAGGCCCCCUGUCCAUAUAAUCUUAUUCUAUGUGAACUAUAAAGCAAAACUUACCCUAAAUCAGCACUCAUACUCUGACCCGCUUGAUAAAUAUGGCCCCUGAUUGAGAAAAACGGCACACACACAUACUCACAAAGUACCACUAUGAAAGGCAUUUGCUUUUAAAUAACGGGAUCCAUGAAGGUUACCCGUCUUUGUUUCCUCUCACACAGAGAUUCCCCUGUUCCACGUGCUCAACGCCCGCAUUUCAUUUGGCGGUGUCAACAAAUGCUGUACGGGCGAACCCCUGGACACGCCACCCUCGGCUGCCACGCCCACACCCUCGGAGGAGGAGGGCAGUGAAGAUGCAGGUAGAUACACUCAUGCCGUUGACCCAGGUCAGGUGACUGCAGCAUUCGUCCCCAUGGGGUCAUUAUGAACAAAACAAAUUACACAUUUAGUAAUUUCUCAAAUUAAUUUAUUCAGUUGCUUCUGACAGCUAAACAACCAGUAUGAAUGUUUGUAUGUUUGGGGGGCGGCAGGUAGCUUAGCGGUUAAGAGCGCCAGUAACCAAAAGUUUGCUGGUUCGAAUCGCCAAGCCGACUAGGUGAAAACUCUGUGGAUGUGCCCUUGUACAAGGCACUUAACCCUAAUUGCUCCUGUAAGUCGCUCUGGAUAAGAGUGUCUGCUAAGUGAUGUAUCCAUAUCAAUUUCAUUGGAAAUAUCUAUUGACAGCCUACCAAUAAUAACAACAUUGUCUAUUUCUGUUCCCUCCAGUUCCCCCGCUAUUCCAGGUGUGUCCCUCUGUGUUUGAGGUGCCUGCACACUACCGCCACAGAGGAGGGGGCGGCAGCCGCCACAUGCCCGUAUCCAACCACGACGAGGAGUUACUGCAGUAUGCCAUCCACCAGAGUCUGCUGGAGUCCGGUGGUGGAGACCCGGGACAGGUCAGAGACGCCACACACACACACACACCCCUCCUACUCAUCUCGUUCACUCCCCGUCAGGUCCUCUUGCUCUCACGGCCUCCUCUGCCUCACUUCUCAUCUUUUGACCUGGGGCCUGUGUCUGUUCAGGAGGCCACAAUGUUACAAAACCGAUUGUGUAGAACUGAUAUUAUAGGGAAUUAUGUCCGUUACAUUUCUACCAGUUCUAUCUGCGAUGUGCCAAGCAUUUUACCUCACCUACUCCACCCUUUGUUCUGUCCUCUAGGAAGUGACCUGGGAAGAUGCCAAUGGGGACCUCACGGACCCUAUGCUCAGUAGCCAGAGUGACAGGUAAAUCAAAUCAAAUUGUAUUGGUCGCGUACACAUAUUUUGCAGAUGUUAUCGCAGGUGCAGUGAAAUGCUUAUGUUUCUUGCUCCAACAAUGCAGUAUACCUAACAAUAUAAAACAAUACACACAAAUCCCCAAAAUACAAAGAAAGAAAUGAAGAAAUAUCAGAACGAGCAAUGUCAGAGUCCUGCGUGUGUGUGUAUGUGUGUGUGUAGUAUAAUGGUGUGUAUAGACAGUAUGGACAGUAUGUGAAUAGAAAAGGUGUGUACAGCAGUAGUUAUAUAGGAUGAGCCUUGACUAGAAUACAGUAUAUACAUAUGAAGUAAGUAAAACAGUAUGUAAAGAUUAUUAAAGUGACCAGUGUUCAAUGACUAUGUACAUAGGGCAGCAUUCUGUGGUCCUCUGUAGCUCAGCUGGUAGAGCACGGCGCUUGUAACGCCAAGGUAGUGGGUUCGAUCCCCGGGACCACCCAUACACAAAAUGUAUGCACACAUGACUGUAAGUCGCUUUGGAUAAAAGCAUCUGCUAAAUGGCAUAUUAUUUAUUUAUUUAUUCUCUAAGGUGCAGGGUUGAGUACCGGGUGCUAGCUGAGUAGAACAGUCACUAAGGUUCAGGCCAGGUACACCAAGUAUUCAUGCACAUCAUUGGCUACGCUAUUCAGUUGUCCAAAGUGACUUCCAAUCAGCACAUAUAUUUACAAUAUAUCCACGGGCCCAUGUUUUGGGAAUCAAACCCACAGACCUGGUAUUGCAAGCACGUGUCCAAUCAACUUAGCAUUAAAAGCAUUAUUUUCUCAGCUAUGGCGUGUGUGCAGUAUGUGGAUAGGUGCAUUUGAAAGGAAGUUAGUAGUUAUUGACGAUGGACAACUGUCGUCCAGGAAAGAAACAUCCUUUCUUCUCUUUCUGAUCCCUCCUCCACUGUUGUUCCAGAAGCAACCCAGAGGGGGCGCUGGUGGACUUGGGAGACACCACGUCGAGUCCGGCCAGCUCGGGCAACUCGGCCUCCAGCCCCGACACGGACCUCCGCAUGGCCAUGGAGCUGUCGGCCCGGGCCCAGGCGGAGGAGGAGAGGAGGAGGAAGGAGGAAGUGGAGGAGCUGGAGAGGAUAUUGCAGCUCUCGCUCACAGAGAAGUAA